GUUUUGUGUUUCUUUAACUGUUGAUAUUUUUGUUUUAUAAAUGACAGAUUAAAAGCGAUGACAGCGUAUGGAAAUUUAAGGGAUGUAUGUCGAUUAUUCAGUGAUUAGUGGUUGUUAUGCUCCAAUUUUCUCCCUCCUCCCUUGUCAAGACAUGAAAAAUAAUAAGUAUUGUUUGAUUAUCGAUUUAUAAACAGCUAAUGUUUAUUGAUAAAAUACGUAAUAGUGUUAUCAAAAAUGGAACAAAUAAAUGUUUUAUCAGAAAGUGGCAUCUUAAAAGCCAUGGAAAAUGAAUUUUAUUUGAAUUGGAGUAAUUGUACCUUCACUGACAACAGCCUAUCUGCAGUAGACGUGAAGUCAAAGAUUUUGGAAUUUUCAAAGUUUUUAAAUAGUGCUGGGAAGCUAUCAUUACUAAGUUACAACAGAUCAGAAAGUGAAGAAUUUGUGCCGCUACUUCUAACUUUAAAAAAGAAUAUAAAGUAUAUUCUAAGUGAAAUAGGACAUUCUCAUAGUGAAAAGAAAUAUGAAUACAUCUGCUGUGAAUGUAAUGAAGUUAUAAAUAUCGACUCGAAACAAAAUUUCUGGGCUUGUUUGCAAAAUCAUGAGCAUGUUGAGUAUCUCUACAGUAAAUUUUUGACUGGAACUUUGGAUACAGUAAGUGAAAGUAUGACAGAUAUUGCAGAAGUUCAGGAUUCCAUUUAUUCAAAUCCCGUUGCUGGUACAAGUAAUUUUGAGUUUGCUAAUGAAAAUACUGACAGUGGCAUAGAUAAUGAAAUUUGCGAAGGUGACCACAAUGAAGUUUCUGAGUUUACAGAGAAAAAUGAAUGUAAAGAAGAUGAUGUAAACAAUUUCAGAUUUAAUUUUGUAUUAAAAUAUGAUGAUGCAAUUGAAAUUAAACUUUAUCCAGAACGGCUAAUGAAAACAGUGUGGAAAAUUGACAGAAUCAAGGAGUAUACGAUACAGAAAACUGGUCCAUUCCGAGCAGUUUGCCUCCUAUGUUCUUGUGAUUUAGUUGCUAAGACUAAAAUAUCAAAAUUUGCAAUAGAGGAUCAUACCAUAGGGCAACGCCAUUUACGAAACGCUGGCAGUUCUGAAAAUGUAAAUAAUUUAAGAAACUACCACGAUUUCUGGUUAAACCUGGAAGCAACUUACCAAUCACACCAGGUAUAUUUUAAACCUAAUUUUUCUGCUUUUAAAUGUGUUUUGUGUAAUUUGGCUGUUAAGUAUGAAGACGUAUUGUUGCACAUACAAAGAGAUCCCCACAAAAAGAAAGUUUUGGAUUUAUUUAAGAAAAAUAGUAAUAUUUACUAUUUAAUUGAACUUCAUGUACAAAUUUAUGGUGUUACAAUGGUACAAGUGGAGUCUACAGACAAGGAAGUGAAAAAGGAAAUGAUGACAGUUAAACCCAAAGUUCGGACUGAGAAGACUGAUUCAGAUUCCAGUCCCUCCUCAGAUACGAAAGAAGUAAAACACAAUAUAAUUAAGUCCGUGGAAAAUUUUGCCAGCGAUAAUGUACUGGAUUUAAUACCAAACAGAUUCAGGGAACACAUAAAAUAUCUCAAGAGCAAAGGAAACAUGAUCAGUUGCGAUUUAUGCAAGAUUACCUUACUUAAGGAAAUAGAAAUUAUAAAAAAGCAUAUUAAACUGGCUUCUCAUGUAAAGGCGUCUAACAUUAAACCAAAAAAAUAUAAUUACUACUGCGAAAUAUGUAAUAUAAAAAUUCCAGAUGAGGUAGCAUGGAAUUCGCAUUUCAAUGACGGACCUAAUAAACAUGCAAAUAUGGCGGAAAGUCGUAAGAAUAAGACAACGGAGUAUGAAUGCACCAAAUGUUGUACCGUGAUUUAUGGCGACGAUCUCUCUCUCACUCGCCACCUUUCGGUGAAGAGAGGCAAAAGGAGUAAAGAACUGAAGUUACCCGAACCCGUCAACAAACUGUUCAGAUCCAAAGAGGUAAUUGAAUCCACAGCUAAUAAACUUACCUUCGAGGCAAACGAUGCCUUAAGGUACAAUCAGCUAACUAAAGAAUGUUGCACUCGAUUGGAAGUUGCCUUGGGAGUGGUAUUUGAGGGUUGCCGGGCAUAUCCUUUCGGGUCAAGGAUAUCCGGGCUAGGAGAUCAGUACAGCGAUUUGGACGUGUUUAUAGACACGGGCGGCAUGUACUUAGGUUAUAAGAACCAAGACGCUCUGGCUCAGGUGCAGCUAGUGAGGAAAGCCGCAGGGAUCCUAAGCAAGCACAAAGAGGAAUUCCAGGACUUUUUGCAAAUACCGACAGCUAGAACGCCCAUCGUCAAGUUGUACCACAAAAUGACUGACAUCGAAUGUGAUCUGUCGUUCCGACACGGUCUAAGCGUUGAAAAUACUAAAUUCCUGAGGUUCUGUUUGGACUUGCAGCCGAUCACUCAACCGUUCGUACUACUGUUGAAGAAAUGGUCCCAGCACAACAAUUUCACGGAGCAUAUUUCUACUUACGCGUUGGCCCUUACGGCGAUUUUCUAUCUUCAGGUCAACAACUACUUGCUGUCGGUGAAAAAAUUGCGGGAGCUGAAUCCGGAGCCGUCCUUAGUUAUAGACGGCUGGGAGACGAUAAAGUACACGAUGCCUUUGGAGAAAAUGAAAACGUUUGUAGAUCCAUAUCCACAUAGCAUUACCAACUUACUGAAGGAUUUUUUUGGGUAUUACGCUAAAUUUAAAUAUUCGGAGGAGGUAAUUUGCCCUCUAUUAGGACGUACCAUCCUCAAGAAGCAGUUUUUUGAGGGAACCCUUCCCGAAGAAAUGAAAUCUUACAUCCUUCAGCUCCAGGGAGAAGAACCCGAGCAAUUUCGGGCAAUGUCGUCAAUUUGCAUACAAGAUCCGUUCGAUCUGAGCCACAACUUGACAAAGGCUUGCCAACCUGGUACAUUAAAUAAAUUUAAGACAUUCUGUGAAUUAUCUUUUAAACUUCUUGAGUCCACUGUAUGAUUUAAUUUUCCCGUCUUUUUAUUUUGUUUUACAUUUAUUAUUCAUGUGUGUUUUUUAUAAUGGAAUGAAAAUAUUUUCAA